UAUUGGCAACACUGACGAGUCAAUGUCAAGGACUCUGAAUGUAAAUAGACAAAAUCGAUCGAAUCUCAAAGCCGGUUGUUAUUUUGACUAACAAAUAAAAACACAAGUGCAAUAUUUAUUUGGAAGUCACUACCUCACUAAUAAAGAUGUCGAUGGGAAAUAAUCUGUUAUUCAUGGAAUUAUUUAUUGAUAAUGUGAAAAAACAUCCCUGUCUGUGGGAUAUGAAUAACAUUUCCUUUAAGGACCCAACACGGAAGGAUUUAACAUGGGAGCUUGUGGCCCAGGAAUGUGAAAUGGCUAAUGGCCAAGAAGCCAAAUCACAAUGGAAAAGGCUACGAGACUGUCAUCGCGAAGCAUUACGUAUACGGAAUACCACCACUGGACAGGCAACCCGCAUGUUCAGUCCAUGGAAGUAUGAGCAACUUAUGGAUUUCCUCCUGCCACAGUUAGGAAUGAAAGAAACUACUACAAAUUUCUCUGAAGACCCCAUCUUGGACAAUGAUGGUCAAUUUGAAAUCUCAUUACCAUGCCCGACAGUUACGGAUUCAUGUAAGUGCAGAGGUAUAGAAAAUAUGAUGGAAGAAAGAGAGAAGAGGCGAGAACAAAGGCAAAUAGAAAGAGAUGGAUUUAGAAAACAAAUUGUGGAGGCAAAUCGUUUUCCAAUUGAUGCUGUGUCAGAACUCUUUUCCAGUUUGUGUCGGAAGACGAGGGAGCUUCCUAUUUCGUUACAGUUGCGAGUACAAAGGGAAGUUUUUGAAUCAGUUUCCCGUGCUGAAGAAGAUGCCUUGUCACUCAGGCAGCCGGAAAACCUAAUAUACACCCCAAAUUCCUCUCCAUCUUCAUAUGAAUGUAUGAAUUCUAACGCUUCAAGUUCUAUGGUUCUGCAGCAAGCAGAAGAAAAAGUAGAUGAGGAAUUAUCGAUUCAAUCUGCUAUUUAAUAGAUAUAGGUAACAGGAGAAGUUAGGCAUAUUUUUUUAUAUGCCAAAUCUAUAUUUAGGAAUUUUAAAAUAUACUAAAUUGAUUUUUUUUUAUUGAAUACACAAUUUUUACAAAUAUUCUUAUCAAUAAUACUACUACUAGGAAAUAUUUAUUUUUUAGAAAAAAAAAUAGAUGACUGUUGUUAUGUACCUAAUAAAUAUAUAAUAAUAAUAAUAAUAAGUAAAUUAUAAAAAUUAUAAGUUUAUUAGAAAAAAGGAUGACAGUUCUUAUGUACCUGCAUAAGUUAAGUAAGUAGUAAGUAUAUUUAGUGCCCUUAUAUGUGCAAUAAAAAUUUUAGAAAUAAUUUAUUUAAUCUCUGUUUUCAAAUAAGAGCCCUAUUAGUAUAAGUAGAGACCAGAGGGAGACUUUGUACAAAAGUCGGUACCUCUGUCCCAUUCGUGUUUCAACCGUGAAGCAGUUGUGUUUGCAUGGCUGUGUUUCGGUUUGAAGGGUGGGAUAUGGUGUGAAUUUACUGGGUACAGAGGAAUAACACCUGAGUCCUCAGGAAUGGCAACGCAUGGGGGGUAUCAUGGGCAAAACUAUAUUCUGUUAUGUCCAUGAUACUGCUCAUGUCUAUAGGCGACGGUUCCACUUUCCAUCAGGUGGGACGUCAGCUUGUUUGCCAUUCUAAGUUGUAAAAAAAAAAAUAAGUGUCAUGUGAGUAUGAUUUACAAGAUAUUUUAUUAGCGUACAAAUCUUGGGUUCAGUCAAUGUAAUGUAAACUAAAUAUAAAUAUAAAAUAAUAACUUUAAGCAUUUUACAAUUUUGUACAUCUUUUAUUACAAUUUUGCUAUAUUUUUUUACACAAACUUAAUUUAGAAUUUAAUAUUUGUUACACAAAAUCGUCAUGACAGUAUACAAAUGUCAUUUCGAUUGAUAUUGAUUGUAAAAGUGACGUGUACAAAUAGCUAAUUGUCAAACAAUAUUUUUUAAAUGUUACUCAUGUUUCUAUUUAGUAAAUAAUAAACUAAUUUUAUAUUUUAAGCUAUUUAUUGAAA